AUGGCCGAUCAAUUCAAAGCGCGAACUCUGAAGCGCAAGAACGUCAAGGGUCUUGCGCUGAACGCUGCCCCGAAACCUACAUCGACACCGUCCAACGGAGACGCCCAGGCUCCCGGAGCUGCUGGUAACGGCGAAGCUACUCGCACUGAUACCCUGGAGAUUGGUUUGGAGUUUAGAUUGGAUCUUCGUAGCGAGGAUCUAGUUACUCUAAAAGAACUUGGUGCCGGAAAUGGAGGAACCGUCUCUAAAGUUAUGCACGCUUCGACCAAGGUCGUUAUGGCCCGGAAGAUUAUCAGGGUCGACGCGAAAGAGAACGUGAGGAAGCAGAUUCUGCGAGAGCUCCAAGUCGGUCAUGAUUGCAACUCACCGAACAUUGUGACGUUCUACGGAGCUUUCCAAAACGAAGCAAGAGACAUAGUGUUGUGCAUGGAAUAUAUGGAUUGUGGUUCACUCGAUCGCAUCUCAAAAGACUUUGGGCCUAUCCGAGUGGAUGUACUGGGAAAGAUCACUGAGUCUAUUCUGGCGGGUUUGGUGUAUCUUUACGAAGCCCACCGCAUCAUGCAUCGCGACAUCAAACCAUCCAAUGUCCUUGUGAACUCCCGCGGCAACAUUAAGUUGUGCGACUUUGGUGUCGCAACCGAAACAGUCAACUCUAUUGCAGACACAUUCGUUGGGACUUCAACCUAUAUGGCUCCUGAACGUAUCCAGGGUGGCGCCUACACUGUUCGCUCGGAUGUCUGGAGUGUGGGGUUGACUGUCAUGGAAUUGGCAGUCGGCCGGUUCCCGUUUGAUGCGAGUGAUUCCGCGGCUGGAGACCGGGCCAGCGCGGGGCCUAUGGGAAUUCUGGACCUUCUCCAGCAAAUCGUCCACGAACCCGCCCCUAAGCUGCCUAGGAGUGACGCCUUCCCACCCGUUCUGCAUGAGUUCGUUGCAAAAUGUCUACUCAAGAAAUCUGAAGAGCGACCGACCCCUCUUGAGCUAUACGAGAAAGAUGCGUUCCUGCAAGCCGCCAAGCGAACUCCAGUCGACCUUCAAGAGUGGGCUAUCAGCAUGAUGGAGCGACAUAACCGAAAGUCCUACUUGGCACCCCCUGCGCCGAAGUCCCUAAAGGAAAGUAGGGAGACUUCAUCACCCGUCCAAGCCCCAUCGCCUGUUCAAAAGCACGUGCCCAGCAGACCAUCGCGCGGCGCAACCGGAGAAAUUCCUCUUAACGUAGCUCGCGACAUCCCCCCACAACAUCGGCAACAUACACCCUCGAACCAAUCGCACUACUCCUCGAACCAAUCGCACUACGCCUCGAACCAAUCGCAAUACCCGUCGAAUCAAUCGCAUUACCCUCCAAACCCUUCGCCUUACCCAUCACGUUCGAACCGCUCCUCGCCACCGAUCUCACUGGAGCACCUCUCUCUCGAGUCGAAACAAGAUGAGCAUCGACCGACCCGUCGUCCGUCCCGGACCCCUUUGGGCGAUACGAGUUCCAGCUUAGAUCAGUCCCUACGACCUUCCAUAGGAUCCCGUUCGGCCAGCUCACAUAACACGAAUUCGCGGAUGCCUCUGCAGAGCACCGCCCUGCCUUUCCGUGCUGCCCCUACCCCUGGCGGAGUGCCGGCUCCGAACUCUGCAUCUUGGCAGCGGCGCGGCGACUAUAUGGGAGCCGUGUAA